GCGCAAAAGCAGUCGCAAUUCGAACAUACUUCCCUAUCGGCCGCAGAGUAGGGGUAAUCGCGAAUCGACAGGCCUUCUGACGGACCUCGUGCCCUUGUCGCCGCUUUCAGAGGCCCCGUCGACAUCGCGACGCGUUUAGUGUUCGCGAGCUCUGCUGAACUUCCUCACAUCUCCUACACGAGCCAUCGACCGUGUCAACAGCCAUGUUUACGAGUACGGGAAAGACGGCGCCGCCCCAGGCCUUCAUGUCGAGUUAUGCGCCGCGACUGCGAAGCCACGGAAACUCGCUGAUAUCGCCCAUUGUUCCACCCUCGAAUACCCUCCCUGCGCCGCGCGUGACAAAACGCGGAACUGCUGUUCUCAGUUACGCGGAGGAUGCCUACGACGAUGACGAUUUCGAAGAUAGCGAUCGGCCGCGACGUGCGACAGGCCUGCGAAGCGUACAGAAGAUCGACCCGAACAGCGCAGACCACACGGCGCAAAUAGCAGCCCUGGGCGAGGAGCUCACUGCGCCAGUCGAUAUACAAGGAAUCUGGCGAGAUUGGAUGGGCAGGCCGAAGCGCACACUCACGGAGAAGCAAGUCCAGACGCAGUCAGUCUUGCCUGUCACGUUGAUACCGAUCCGAAUAGACAUGGACAUCCAGGCUUUCCGGCCUGACGCACCGCUGCCAACGCCCUCCAACGCGCGAGAGUUCGGCAUCAACGAGAACCUACCCGCGUACAAACAACCCGAUGUCACUCCCGCAUACAGGCUCAAGGACUCGUUCCUUUGGAACCUGCACGAGGCCUUGACGACACCCGAUCAAUUCGCAAAGCAGUUCGUCGAUGAACUAGAUCUGCCAAACGACCGAAAGCCUCUUAUAAUCUCACAAGUCGCAAAUCAGAUUCGUCAGCAGCUGGAGGAAUAUGCUGGUGUUGCGCUGCACCCUCUAUUCCAUUCCGCGAACUCACCCGCUGUCCAAGGAACCAACGGAAAGGCCGCUCUGCCUGCAUCGUCCCGUGAUGGCACCUCAACACCACAAGUACCAGCCACGAACGGCGCGUCGACCCCUAUGACCAACGGUGUAUCGCAUACCAACGGCGCACAGACGCCUGCGGGCAUUCCAAAUGGCAUCAGCGCAACUGCGACCGCAAUGCCGUCAGAGGAGCUUCACAACCCAGAUGACACGUACCGGUGCAUCGUUACGCUCAACAUUAACCUCAUGAACCGACUGUACACCGAUAAGUUCGAAUGGUCACUAUUACAUCCACCAGGUUUCGCCGAGAUGUUUGCUAAGACUACGUGCGCGGAUCUGGGGCUAUCGGGAGAGUGGGUGAAUGCCAUGACACAUAGCAUCUACGAAGCAGUCCUGCGACUUAAGAAGGAAGCUUGCGAGAACGGCGGAUUAGUGGGUGACGGCGAGAUCGACAACGAUGCGGUGGAGCCUACAAUUGGUGCAGGUUGGAGAUACGACCAAGAGCAUCUUUGCGACGAAUGGGAACCGAAGGUGGAAAUCCUAUCACCUGAAGAAAUCGAGAAGCGUGAAGGCGACCGUGAGAGGCAGAUCCGAAGACUACGCAGAGAGACAGCACGUUUCUCCUCGACCGCAAAUAUGACGGGCCAACCCGCCAACGAAUUCUUCAACAACAUCGAAGGACAGGAGAACAUGGGUCGUGGCGAGCGCAGCAAGAAGAAGAGACGAUUCAGGAGUUUGAGCCCGGUUGGAAGAGGCACGCCAAGCGCCGAGGGAGGAUCUGGCUAUGGCGGGCAGGGUGGAGGGCUUCAAGAAGGGGAGCGACAAACAUGGAGAUGCGCACACUGCUGGGUCUGGGGAACUGCCGUCUGGGCUGUUCGUGACGGUCCAAAAGGCCCACGUACUCUCUGCAACAACUGUGGCUACCUCUACGAACGAGACAAGAAGCUUCCACCUUGGUCUGAAAACCUCUUCUACCACGAACGGCCACAACACGAGGUCCAACAAUACCGACCGCAGCGGUGAUAGACUCACUGCUGUUUGGGAAGGGGUUUACUUCAUCGGUGUUAAAGUUUCAGCCCGGAUCGCAGUUAUUCGAACGACACUUUUUUCCGUUUCUGGACACCGACGGUGGGUGUUUGAUGUUCUAUCGCAUUUCAUGGAGCGUGGCGUCUUGGGCUUGACAUCGUGUUCAUCACGACAGCAGGCUUGUAAAACAACGUAACUUUCUUGUCCCUGCGGAUUGCAGCAUAAUGUCGCCUAAUUGGCU